GCUAAAGCACAUUCUAGGUUUAUUGUUGAUAGAAGAAGUGCAGAAGGCGGGUCCCAGCGCCAUAGCUGGCGGGUCCUACAGACACGGACUCUGGUUGGUUCAAACUCACACAUGAUCUUCGGUCGUGAGCUGAGAGCCCGGAAGCGGUAGUUCCCGGAGAACAUACCGGUAAAGUCCCGCAGGUGGAUUACACUGCUGCCGCAUCUGAUGAACCUUGUCUUGUCGGGGUAAAGGAGAAUCUGGAAGCGGCUUUUGAUCGGUAACUGGUGGGGAUGAAGGCAGGUUUCCGGAGGUUGUUUUAAUAAUUUUCUAACUGUCAGGUCCGCUGUCGGCGCUGCGGGUUUAGGUUUGUGCUGGAGGAAAGCCAUAGGUCACGGGCAUGUAUUUGUCCAGCGUGGAGCUGUGGAGAACAUACUGGGAGUGUGUUUCCAGGCCAUACACGGUGUUCAUCUGCUCCUUCACAGCCGCUCUGUACUAUCUGUGGGGCCGCAAGUGUCAGACCCCUGCCUUGAUAUGCAGUGAAGCUUUUAGUGCAUUCCUGCAUAAGCACUGUCCUGUGGUAGCUGAGCGCUUCUGUCCCACUCCCUGGUGCUGGGGAGGACGACUGCAGACUCUGGUCUGUGCGUUCCUUAAAUCCAGACCCCUCGUCUCUUAUCGCAAUGAGUUGAUUCGUACGGUUGAUGGAGGUCAGAUCUCCUUGGACUGGGUGGACAAUCAUAUCAGCGAGACCUACCCUGAAUCUUGUACACGUCCUACUGUGCUCAUCCUCCCAGGUCUGACGGGGAACAGCCAGCAGUCCUACGUGCUUCAUGCUGUUAGCCAGGCAACAAGACGAGGUUACAGAUGUGUGGUCUUCAACAACAGAGGAGUAGGAGGGGAAGAGCUGUUGACCCCAGUCACCUACUGUGCUGCUAAUACCUCAGAUUUGGAACGAGUUGUGCAGCAUGUGAAAGGUCUGUUUCCCCAGGCUCCUGUCCUGGGCGCUGGUGUAUCUCUUGGAGGUAUGAUAUUAUUGAACUACCUGGCCCGUAAGCGCACAGAAUCAGGAAUGGUGGCAGGCAUCACCAUCUCUGUCGCCUGGGAUGCGCUGAAGUCGUCCAACUCGAUGGAGGAGCCUCUCAACUGGCUUCUCUUCAACAAACACCUCACCCACGGCCUGCGGCAAAAAGUCACCAGGCACAGGAAGAUUCUUGAGAAAGUGGUGGAUGUCGACUAUGUCCUGAAGGCACGGACUAUCCGCGAGUUCGACGAGCGCUUCACUUCACAUCUGUUUGGUUACAAGACUUGUAUAGAUUACUACCGUGAUGCCAGCCCAGCCAAAAAGCUCCCCCAAACUAGUGUACCUAUCUUGUGUCUCAAUGCUGCUGAUGACCCAUUCUCUCCACAGAGUGCGAUCCCUGUCUCCAUAGUCCAGGCCCUGCCAAACGUUGCGCUGCUGCUGACUGCUCACGGUGGACACAUUGCCUUCUUGCAGGGCCUGUUUCCUCGCGGGGAGAGCUACAUGGAGUGCCUGUUUGGCCAGUUUGUCCAGGCAGUCUUUGAACAUCCGGGGGACAUCAAGAAAGCCUGUGGCGUCGACAAAGAUGAGCCAAAUAAAUACCAGAGUGACAGGGAAGAAUAAUCAGUCCGAGAUAGCAGGAAUCAGUAAAGCCUGAUUUUUAAAGGAGAGAAUAAAAAUCACUGAAAUGCAUUGCUUUUUGUCCUUGCAUGCUGUUAACCAUCCCCCCAAUUGUUUUGAAGGCACCACAGCCCUGCUGAUCUACCUCAGACGGGAGCAAAACAAGCUAAUUUAAAUGCUGAAAUCAUUGCAGGAAAGCCACUUUUCAAGUGUUUCAGUACGAAGUCCGGUAGCAUGUGAAAAGCUUAGAAGAAAUAUUUUUAAAUGUCUGGUUGUUGGAAUGUUAACUGCUUUCUAUUUCCUCCCAUAAAAAUCCGCCCCGGGUGCACAGCAUAGUAAUGGGUACAGAGAAAAAAAUCUAAUUGCCUAGGAAAAAAAAUGAAUGUUUAAAACUGAACUGCUAUACCUUCGUUACUUUGGCAAUAUAAAGAAAUGUGAUAUUGAUGCAUUGUUUUGUCAUGUUCUCCUUUGUCUCUCUUUAAAAUACCUUAAAGUAUUCACAUAUUAAAGCCCCAUAAUGUUCUGUGUGCCUGGUUGCAGUUCAGAGUAUGCCAACCUUAAAAGAGUGAACAGUGUAUAAGAUACACAUUCAACCUCUCUGUGCACUUAAAAUAUUAGCACCUUCUGUUAGGGGACAAUUUGAAGUGUCAUAAAGUUUUGUUUUGUUAUGAUUUGCCAUUUGUUUAUCAAUUUAUUGUUUAGUAAAACCGUGACAGAUGAAUGCUGUAUAUGAAGGAUUUUAGCCUGUAUAAAUCUGCUUGAUUGUUCCUAAAGGUGCUUGCAGGAUCUGUUUUUGAAUUUAUUAGCAGUGGCAGCACAGACAUGUUGAUUGUAUUGAUGGGAGCACUUAUUAUGAAUGGACCUUACUUGAAUGUUGUAAAAUAAGGUGGAAAUGAAGUUGGAGUCCACCAUUAUUUUAUAUCUUAUGUGACUCUUUGUGAGACGAGAUUUUAUGCAUCAUUUAUGAUCAGAAAUAAAUUAUUGCAGCUAAAAUUACUAAUUGUUGCCCUUUUAAAAUGUGUAUUUUGACAGCUUUUUGUACAUGUGUAAAACAUGUUUUUAGAUUUUAACCACCCUGUAAUUUGUAACUUGACAUUGUUGCCUUUGUUUUCACUUUUCAGUGAGCUAUAAACACAAUCAGAAUUUUUCUUGCUAUACAUGAGACACAUCCACAAAUAUAUAAACAAUUGGUUCUAUGUUAUGUAUUAAAUCUUGUAGAAACAAAUAAAGAAUCCAAAGAA